CUUUAAUCUAAAUAUUUUGUUAUUGAGCUAAGUUAUUUGGGAGCUAAAUGUUUAAGAGAAGGCUAAAUAUUCAGUUAGUCAGCUACUUAGUUGGAACCUAAAUAUUUAGAUAAUAAGCCAAAUAUUUAGUCAGUAAGUUAAAUAUUUAGUUGACUAGCUAAAUAUUUAGAUCUGAAACUUCAUAGUUAUCUAGAAAAUUAGUGCAAGUAAAUAUUUAGUUAGUGGGCUACAUAUUUAGUUGGAAGAUAACUAUUUAAUUAGCAAGCUAAAUAUGUAAUUAGUAAGUAAAUAUUUAGUUAGUGAGGUAACUAGUUUGGAGCUAAAUGUAAACACAAAGGAACAAUAAUUAAUGGCACUUUGGGAGCGCCAUAGAUUCUGAUUUCCUGUGUUUUUGGUUGAGGUUUCUGGUUUUAUUACUCUGCUGUGCUGUUUUUCUGUCGGAGUGGAACAGCGGGGGGUGAAACCUGCGAGCUGACGCGGGGCGGGGGAUGGGCCGGCUUCCUGCUGAGCACCAGCAGCCAGUAAAUCAGCUCUCUUCCUGAACGCAGCGCACUGUAAAACUGAAACCUCUGACAGAAUCAGGCGCACAUGCUGGCAGGGACUGACGGGGAAACGGCGCUCUGACACCCAGGAUCAUCUGAAGAGUAGCACAGCCAGCUUUCUGAGUGUGACCUCUGACCCUGAGCCAGAAGCAGAAUGAGCCAGUGGAAGCAGGUCCAGCAGCUGGAGAUGAGGCUCCUGGAGCAGGUGGACUACCUGUACGAUGACAACUUCCCCAUGGACAUCCGGCAGGGCCUGGCCGGCUGGAUCGAGUCCCAGGACUGGGAUUCUGCGGUGAACGACGAGUCGAUGGCUUCGGUCCUGUUCACCAACCUGCAGACGCAGCUGGAGAAGGUCCGAUCGCAGGAGCAGAACUUCCUGCAAAGACACAACAUGAAAAUCAUUCAGCAGCAGCUGCAGGGCGCGCUGGAGCAGUCGCUGCAGAACUCUGUGGCCUUUGAGAGGCAGAAGAACAUGGACAACCGAGUGAGCAUCAUCAGAAACAGCGUCCAGCUGAUGGACCAGGCGGUGAAAAACAUCGAGGACAUGCAGGACGAUUUCGAUUUCUGCUACAAGACGCUUCAGUCACGAGAAUCGGCAGACAGAACAUCAGAGAUGAUCAAACAGGGAAUAACUCGCCUGCAGGAAAUGCUCAACAGGCUGGACUUUAAACGGAAGGAGAUCCUGUCAAAAAUGGACGUGGUGAUCAAAGAGAUCGAUGACCUUAUGACCUCUCAGCUGCGACCGGAGCUGCAGGACUGGAAACGGCGGCAGCAGAUCGCCGCCAUCGGUGGGCCGCUGCUGACGGGUCUGGAGCAGCUGCAGAGCUGGUUCACUCUGACGGCACAGAGCCUCUUCCAGAUCAAACGGCAGCUGGACAAACUGGGAGAACUGGUGGUGAAGGUGACAUAUGAGAGCGACCCCAUCCCGCUGCAGAAGCCUCAGAUGGAGGAGCGAGUCAAGUAUCUGAUCUACCACCUGAUCAAGAGCUCCUUUGUGGUGGAGAAGCAGCCCUGCAUGCCCACACACCCACAGAAACCUCUGAUCAUCAAGACGGGCGUCCAGUUCACCACCAAAGUCCGACUUUUGGUCAAACUUCCUGAAGUGGAUUAUCAGCUAAAAGUGAAAACAACAUUUGAUAAGGAUCUUCCAGCCGGCAGAGUAAGUCGACAGUUCUUCAUCCUCACCAACAACACUAAAGUGAUGGACAUUGAGGAUUACUCCAAUGGCUGCCUGUCCGUCGAGUUCAGACACCUGCAGCUGAAAGAGAAGAAGUACACCAACGGCACCAAGGGCAACGAGGGCCUGCUCUCUGUGACGGAGGAGCUCCACUCGCUGAGCUUCGAGGCCUGCUUCACUGUACAGGGCCUCGCCGUCGACCUGGAGACAUGUUCGCUGCCGCUGGUGGUGAUCUCCAACGUGAGCCAGCUGCCGGGCGGCUGGGCCUCCGUCAUGUGGUACAACCUACUGACCGACGAGCCGCGGAACCUGGGCUUUUUCGGGAACCCGCCCCGUGCCAGCUGGAGCCAGCUGUCUGAGGUUCUCAGCUGGCAGUUCUCCACCUUCGCCGGCCGCGGCCUCAACAAGGAGCAGCUGGACAUGCUGGGCGAAAAGCUGCUGGGUCAGCAUGCCUCAUGUGGGGAUUAUCAAGUCUCCUGGUCCAAGUUUGCUAAGGAGAACAUUCCUGGGAAGCCGUUCAGUUUCUGGAUGUGGCUGGAUUCCAUCCUGGAGCUCAUCAAAAAGCACCUGCUGCCAGUCUGGAACGAGAACUUCAUCAUGGGCUUCGUGAGCAAAGAGAUGGAACGCGCUCUGCUGAAGGACCGCGAGCCUGGAACCUUCCUGCUGCGCUUCAGCGAGAGUCACCUGGGAGGAAUCACCUUCACCUGGGUGGAGCACAGCGACAGCGGGGACGUAAAGUUCAACUCCGUGGAGCCGUACACUAAGAACCGGCUGAGCGCGCUCCCGUUCGCUGAUAUCAUACGCGACUACAAGGUGAUCUCAAACGGCGGCGUUCCGGAAAACCCGCUCAAGUUCCUGUAUCCCGACAUUCCCAAAGACGAGGCCUUCGGACGGCUCUACAACAGCCAGCCCAGCAAAGUCUAUCCGUACAUCCCGUCAACUUUGAUCCCCAUCUCCGAGCUGCGAUCAGAAGCCAGCUCCACGCCGCGCUCCUGCCCGUCUCCAGAGCCGCCCAUGACGCCCGGAGAGUUCGACAUGCUCAGUGAGCACCUGUGCUUCGACAUCGACACCAUGAGCUCUCCGUACUCAGAGUGAAUCCUCGAUGUUUCUACACCUCUUCAGAAAUAAAUAUCAAAAAUAUUUCAUGUUUAAAAGAACCAAAAACACCUUUAUGUUUUUAUUUAAUGUUGUUGUAAUUUGAGCUCCAAUAUUACUGAAGUUCUCUGUAAAAAGUUUUUCUAAAUAAAUUUCUUCCUUCAUA